AUGUGUGAGAUCAGCGUUGCACCGUACUAUGAUGGCCACCUGAUGGUGCUUGACUGUAGCAUGUUUGAUAAGACACCUUUUGAUCCUUAUCAUCAUCAUCACCACCAAUUGCAGCUUCACCAAGUUCAUCAUCAACACCCCAGUAUCUUGCACCCAUCAUUACACCUUCACCAACACCACAACAACAAUAACAAACAUCAUCAUCAUGAUGAAGACCGGGAAGAAAACAACGCUAGCAGUACUUCCACUACUACUGUGCCAAUGAAUUUUGAAAUUGAAAGAGAUCAUGAGAGGCAGCAAAUGCCUCCUCCUCAGCUCAUUGAUCCUUGGAGUAAUGAUGAAGUACUUGCUCUCUUGAGGAUCAGAUCUACCAUGGAGAGUUGGUUCCCACAACUCACUUGGGAACAUGUCUCAAGGAAGAUGGCAGAGCUUGGAUAUAAGAGGAGUGCUGAGAAGUGCAAAGAGAAGUUUGAAGAAGAAAGCAGAUAUUUCAGCAGCAACAUUAACUUCACCAACAAAACCAUUACUCCUCCUCCUACUACUACUACUGGUUACCGCUUUCUUAGUGAACUUGAAGAGCUUUAUCAUCAACAAGAUAAUAGUGAUCAUCAUCAUCAACAAGAAGUGGUGGUAGUGGAGAAGCAACCAAGUAGUACUGACGGGCAAGAAGACAAGGUAGUCAUGGACCAAGCAUUGGGAGAAGAAGAUGAUAAGGAGAAUGAUGAAGAGGUGGUUGCUGGGGCGGCCGUGGUGGUGUUGCCGGAGAAGAUUAUUACGACAAAAACAAAGGAGAGGAAGAGGAAGAGGGGUGGUGGAGAUGGCGACGGCAACGGCGACGGCGUUAGGUUUGAGAUGUUCAAAGGUUUUUGUGAAAGCAUUGUGCACAAGAUGAUGGAGCAACAAGAAGAGAUGCACAACAAGUUAAUAGAAGAUAUGGUGAGAAGAGAUGAAGAGAAGCUUGCAAGAGAAGAGGCAUGGAAGAAGCAAGAGGUGGAGAGAAUGAACAAGGAGCUUGAGAUCAUGCAACAGGAACAAGCCAUUGCUGGUGAUAGACAAGCAAACAUCAUUGAGUUCUUGAAGAAAUUUGCCCCAGAAAUUCAAACCCUUGUUUGUGUUGAAGAAGAUCAUGAUGAUCACAAUAAUAAUGGAAGAAACAAAUUAGUGAAGGUAACAAAUAAUAAUAACAAUGUUGAACACAAUGGUUCAAAUUUGUUGUUGCAUUCCCAAAACCCUAAUCCUCCAUCAUCACCUUCUUCUUCUUCUGCUGUGAUUGUGAAUAACCAAAAUGGUGUUGUUGUUGCUGCUGCUUCUUCUUCAACAAACCCUAGCUCAAGUCCUAUUAUACAAGCUGGCAAGAACCCUAAUAGUACUUAUCUCAACAAUGAUAGCCCAAUAGUAGAGGCGGACUCGGCGGCAAAGAAGGCGGCUGCCACGACUGCGAACUGCGAGAAAGAUGAAAUUGGAAGAAGAUGGCCAAAAGAUGAAGUGUUGGCACUGAUAAACCUGAGGUGCAACACGCAAGUGAGCAGCAACAAUGAUGAAAAUGGGAGAGAAACUCACAAGGCUCUUCCAUUGUGGGAGAGAAUCUCACAAGGGAUGGUUGAAUUGGGGUACACAAGGAGUGCAAAGAGAUGCAAAGAGAAAUGGGAGAACAUAAACAAGUACUUCAGAAAAACCAAAGAUGCUAACAAGAAGAGGUCCCUUGAUUCAAGAACUUGUCCCUAUUUUCAUCUUCUCAGUAGCCUCUAUAGCCAAGGGAAGCUUCUUCUCCAACCUGAGAAGCAAGAAACUACUACUAAUAAUAAUGAUAACCAUGGAAAAAAAAUGGUCGGAGAUCAUCAAACUUCUUCACAAAUGGGGUCUGCUAUUGCUGCUGAUGAUAAUCAUGAUCAUGGAGGUGAGAAUAACAAUAAUAAUAAAGCUUUGAUGCAAGCACCUUCUUUGGAUUUUGAUCAGUUUUAAUUCAUUAAUUAUUUUUGUCUAUUUUCUAUAUUACAUAAUAAUAAUAAUAAUAAUAAGUACCACUUAUUUUGUAAUUUUCUUUUUUUAUUGUGGGGUUUUGAUGGUGGCUUAGCUUCUUUUCUUUUAUAGCAAUAUAAAUUGAGUGUAGUAUGUACCUGAGUACACACAUAUAUAUAAAUACAAAAUUAAAAAUGUCUGAAAAUUAAACUUAAAUUAGAAUAUGGUGUGAGCACCGACAGCUUGAUGAGGAAUGAGAAGACUAUAAAUUUAUUUGCUGUUCCCGUGUAAGUGUAGCUAUUUAUAUUCCUUUUC